AGAAGAUUUUUUCGUUUGAAAGUGUGUUCAAAAUGGAUAUUUUAAAGCAGGAAAUCAUGCGCAAGAAACGACAGCUGGAGGAGGCGAAUGUCCUGUCAGCUGAUCGAAAAUACUUCAAACGAGGAGAAUUGCAUGAACACGCUGCGGAAACUUCGCCGGAUAAAUCUGCAACGCGGGAAGAAUUGAGAAGCAACAAGACGAGCGCGAAAGGAAGCGUCGAGGAAGAUUUUCCGAUCUUGCCGAGAAAAGAAGUGGUUAGGAGACUGAGGGAACGAAGCGAACCCGCGCUUUUGUUUGGCGAAUCACACGAGGUCGCCUUUCGCCGUCUGAGGGAGCUGGAGAUUCUCAUGCCUGAAGAAAACAAGGGUUUCAGAAACGAUUUCCAAGCCGCUAUGGAGCGAGUGGAUCAGACGUACCUCGAGGAGUUGGUGAAGAAUCAAGGAGCAUCGGAUGGUACGAAGAACUGUCCACAUGAUGUGCACAUUGUCCCUGCAGGCAGUGAGGGUGACGAUAUUCUUACCCUUGACGAGAUCAUCGAAAAGUCAAAGGAAAUGGCCAAGGGAAACAACGACUACGAUUCAGGCAUUGUUUUGUCGUACCUAAAGUUCCUGCUGAGGCGAUGGGGAGACGACUUGAACAGCCGCAGCAUGGCUGAGAAAAUGAGCGUCAAAGGAAAAAUGGCCUCUGCUACGUAUUCGCAAACACAAUCGUAUCUCAAAUCCCUGUUCCGUCAGCUGAGGAAACGCAAACUGCCCGAAGAUCUUCUCGACAGUGUUGUCGAAAUCGUCCUUUGUUUACUCGAACGAGAUUACCUGAAGGCGAACGACGCGUAUUUGCAAAUGGCGAUCGGGAACGCGCCUUGGCCUAUUGGCGUGACCAUGGUGGGAAUUCACGCCCGAACCGGGCGAGAGAAAAUCUUUUCGAAGAAUGUGGCACACGUGUUGAACGAUGAAACGCAGCGGAAAUACAUACAGGGACUCAAGAGACUGAUGACCAAAUGCCAACAGUUUUAUCCCACGGUUCCCUCGAAAUCCGUCGAUUAUCCGAGAUAUGUGAAAGGAAAUCCGCAGCUGAGGGUUUUUUUGCCGAAUUUCUGGAUGAAGUUGGUCAAGCCCGAAGACCCGAUGCCGAAGAACAUCGUGACUUUCAUAGUUUCGACGGAAAUGACGCGGUUUGACGUCAAAAACUAUUUGACUAAAAUCUACAAGGUUCCUGUGGCCAACGUUGCUUUGCAUAAUCACAUUGGCAAAACCAGGUUGAUUGAGAAGGGGUUUGUGGUGAAAGAUGACGAUUACAAAGUUGCUUAUGUUACUCUGCCAAAGAACGAGUGGUUCGAAUUUCCUGAUCUUUUCCCCGAGGAUGUGGAUAAAGAGGAAAUGAAGCCGCUUGAAGAUAUGAAGCAACACCAGAAAGAAAUGACCGACAAGAGGAACAAACGGUGGGAUCGCAAGACAAUACCGGAUUGGUUUUCCUGUUGAUGAACCUGCUUUGCAGACCGUUGCGCUGUGAUGAAUUUACCGCGUGUUCUUACUUUAGACAUUGAAAUCGGCUUUCAAGGGAGUGAAGUAAGGUGAAGAUUCUGUAUAAGUUCUCGUGAAUUUGAGCAAGUAUCCAAGCGCGAGUUCUACGCAUCCCUUGCUGUUGAAUUUGGUUUUUCUUUUUCAAGAAAACCUGUGAAAGUGAAAUGUAGCAGUUCUGAAGAAAAAACACAA